GGGCCCCACCCUGGCAGAGAACCCUCUCUCUGUAGUUGCCCUCGUCUUCUGCACCAUCCCGCAGUACAUCCACUCUUUCGUCAGGAGGAAUAUCGCAGCCCCCAUCAUGGAUGCUGUGGACCGUGUCCGCCGGGAGUUUGAGUUCGACGUCUUGACCACGUACCGCUUCGACGUCAAUCUCAACGCCAGCAAGAGCCUGGGGGAGGUGGCCAUGGACAUCAUGGAGGGCGUUCGCCUGCACCUGGAGCCCACUCGCCGGGUCCUGGGGCUCUUCACACACAUCACCUUCUUUGCCAUCCUCUUCAUGUACAUCCACAUCCCCUCUGUGUUCCCAGGGCGCUGCGGUACCGCCGCCGGUACCUGCGGGACGACAAUUUACAUCGCGCGGUGCUUGGUGGAGCUGGACCUGCGGCAGGCGGAGCGGGGCAAACCCACCGUGCUGCCCCUGAGAGCCUGGGAGAGGGGCCGCUACAUCCCCCCAGCCGGGCUGUUGUCUCGGCAGGAGCGGCGCCGGUAUGGGCUGCAGCUCGUGGGGGUCCUACGCCAUGUGCUGCUGGGGCUCAGCAUCAUCCUGGGCGACUACAGCCUCUUCUGGGUGCUCGACCUCGUCCAGCACCACCUUCAGGGGGAGAUCGUCGCCAGGGCGCCGGCGGUGAUGGGUGUCAGCGUCAACGGGACAGGCUACUCCAGCGAGAUCUUCCGCGACUUGGUCUCUGCCUUCGGCGUGCUCCAGCAGGGCAACGUCUCGGUGCUCUCCCAGCGCUGCAUCCUCCAGCCCGUGGAGCCAGACUACAGCACCUACCUCAGCAUUGGACUCCUGUACGGCAUCUGCCUCUUCAUCGCCGUCUUCGGCGUCCACGUGGCACGCCUGCGUCGGGCGGUGUGUGCUGCCUACUACCCGCUCCGUGAGCAGGAGCGCACGUUCUUCCUCCACAGCACCAUCCUGGCACGGCGGACAGGGCUGAUACGUGCCCUGCACCAAGCUGCCACGAACCACGCGUCCGGCGCCGGCCAAGGCAAGCUGUUGCUCUUCCUCACCUCCAGGCUGCCUGCCUUUGCCCGGCUGGCUCGGCUCUUGGGCAUCCAGCAGAAACGCUGCCUGGCCUGCAGGACGGCAGAGCAGCCGGACUUCGUCGCCUGCAUCACGCCUGGCUGCAAAGGGCUGUAUUGCAGCGAGUGCUACGAAACCCUGAACAACAUCUGCUCCAUCUGCAUGAGCCCCUUGAGCCACCAGGACAUUGAGGAUGAGGAGAU